UCACCCGAGGUUUGCCGACUGCUUACGUGCUACUUACUUCCGGUUAACGUAGCAGACAACUGCUGCAAUGUAAAAUCUAGCAUAGGCCAAUUUUAUUUGACAAUUUUGGUGAUGUAUUAAAUGUGAAGAUCAUCGGUUAUAAUAUUGUAACAAUUUUGUUCUGGUCCUGUCCCGAUGAGGUCCUUACACCAAAGCUCUGUGUCCCUGUGGCAGAAGAUAUGCCAGAAGGUGAACAGAGCAGUAGUUUUUGCUGAUGAUGCAGUUGCUGAGAACCUACAUUGGAAUGGAGGCUUGGCACUUUUGCUGGAGGCUGGAGCCAUCAAUGUUAAAGAAUUCUCUUCAUUUGAGAGCGUUGAUCAAACAUGUAAGAAGGCGGUGUUCAUUGUGAGUUCACUGCUACAGGAAGUCACUAGCCGGGUCAUUCAGAACAUUAUUGAGGCCAGCAAGCUCCAAUAUGUGGUGGUUAUCACUACUGUGAGUCCGUGUGUCCACCUAUUUAGUCGGACUGGGACUUUUGAUGGAGAUGAAAAUCUGGUCUUUGAACGAUUUGAAGAGAGCGUACUGGAGUGGAUGGGAAAUAUGAACUACACAGCAGAAGUAAGCUAUGUGCCCCUGUUUGCCAGCUGCCUGACUCCUGGCCUAUUUGUGACGCCCUCCUUUAGCAGGUUGUUCCCUCUGAUGUCUUCAGAUCUUCCUCGGCUGUCACUGCAGUACAAGUCUGUGCGGGGAGACAAUAAGAACUUUUCCAAUUUGAAAGAUGUUGAAGCAGCUCACCUGCCUAAGUCAUUACAAGUUAUGUACAAGAUGCUGGUUGGCAGUAUAGACAGUAUGCUGGGUGAGCUAAAUGUCCAAGAGGACUGCUUUUUUGUCGGUCAGACCAGUAAGAUUUUGGCGACAGAAUUGGCUAGCUAUCCUCCAGCAAAACUCAGACGCAAGUCUGCACAAACCAAGGUUUCUUUGCUGUUGAUUGAUCGUCAUCUUGAUUUGAUGACGCCAUGUCAACACCAACCCGAGGUCCUGAUGGACAAAGUAACCAGCACGUUGUCACGGUUACCGGGCCACCAUAAUGAUGUCUGUGUGGACAUGACACCUUUGUGUCAUGUCACUAGUGAAUCUAAGGAAGUGAUAGCCCCUGGAAGUUUGGCAGGAUGUAAAGGGCAGAUAACUCAAGCACAUCUUUUGCCUCUUCUCAACUCUAAAGUCAAGGAGGGGCUAAUGGAGGUCAAUAGAUCACUUGUAGAAUCUGCCUCUACAGAAAAGCUACCCCUCAAAUUAUCAGGAAAACCUGGCCGUGUCACAGCAGAACAACUGGAUAAUACCCUUCAGCUGUUUAAAGGAAACUAUAAAGCAAUCUCAAAUCAUCUAGAAACAGUUCAGGUUGCCAUGGCUACGUGUCAAUGUUUGAAGAGUUCUCGAAAUAAGGAGUUGGAUCUACUGGGGUCAUCCGAGAAGCUGAUGAUACAGAGUGUGGGGAGUGAGGAGGGUCAAGGACCAUUGUCUGUCCUACUGAGUAGUCUGGAGACCACACAGGACAAGUCACCAGAGGAACUGUGCCAGUCCCUGGAUAGUGUUUUGACACAGGUUGUGUAUGUCUACUCUCUAUUGGAGGAAGAUGCUCACUACAGUGAUAUGGAGCAUGCUAUCAAGGAGUUACUGGUGAAGAGUAUAGUGAAGGGAAAGGAUUAUCUACCCAAAAUGACGAAGACCUUGGUGGGAGACCUAGUGACAGAGGAGAUAGUAUCUGCCAUCCUAGAUGACAUGUUUGGUAAGCUAAAGGCAGUGAGCUCAGCCAGACAACAUUUAAAACAUCUAUGUUGUAUAGUUGAUCCUAGCACAACUCUCAGUCCUGCGAAGGGCAACCCAUUGUUAAAACAGCUGAUGGAUUUGACGUUUGACAGUACUAAAGGAGACAUUCAAGAUAUUGAAUAUAUAUCAAGUGGAUUUACAGAUCUUUUAAAAUCUGGAUUAAGACUCUUCAGAACAGUGGCAAAGCCCAAACCUAGUGACAACAAGGUGCUGAUUGUGUUUGUGGUUGGAGGUAUCACAGCAACAGAGGCAAAACUGAUCAAGGAUGCCGUCACUUCUCAUCAUAGUGAUACACAGGUGAUAGUAGGUAGUACACAACUCUCCCAACCUGAAGACAUUGUGGAGGCACUUUUAUGUCAAGACAACUUGAACCUUGACUGAUAAAAAUCUGGUGCUUUAGGAUAUUUUCAACGAGUUUAGUGCAAUAGAGGUAGAUGAGUUCAUAUCUGGUAUUUAUUAACUGUGGAAGAAAAUUCAAAUUCUACCCCAAGGAAACAAACGAUCUCUGAUAUACUGUAUAUUCAAAUAAUGGAAAUUUAAUUUAGACAUGUUUCACUUGAAAAAUGUAAAACUAUUUACAUUAUUUUUGUAUUGGUCGUUGUAUUCGCGAUUCCACUAUGCAUGGAUCGUUUCAUUCAUGUGAGGGAACUGUUAGUUAAAGAUAACGAUAUUGUUAAUGUGUGCUAUUCAAAACAUUUAUGAGGUAUUUGGCAAAUUUGUCCAUGAAAGAAAAGAUGUUACAAGAGCUUUGGUAAAUCUUAACAAAUAAUGGUAUAACGGGAUUUUUGUGAUGUACAAGUUGAAUGUGUUUAUUAUUGAAUCAGAUACGUAAUUUAUGAUGAACGCAUUGUUAUAAUGAAAUGGUAAGGACAGUCUAUACAACUUGGUGCCUAUAAACAAUCGAUUUUUGAGAGAAAGCAAGUCGAAAAGAUACAUAUAUAAAUACAAUCAUGUUAAACUGUCAAAAAAUAAAUUUUGAAAAAAUAAGAUUUCUUUGUCUUAUUGUUAUACAGGGUGAUACUCGAUUCAUGUUUAACAAACAGGAAGGGACUGCUUAG